GACCCCGAGGCCUCGGCCCAAUCACUCUUCCUCGGGAUCGUUUUGCUAUUCAACAACAGUCCAGUACUGCAGUUACCGGUGUUUGAGGCGAGAGAGAGUCGCGAGCAGAAGCCAGCUGUCAAACCGCGGAUUAUUUUAGGGAUUAAAUCAGCGUAAACCGGAGCCACUCAUCCACCCGAGCGGCGCGAAGCGGGCUUUUCUGAAAUGGAGGCCAGGAGGGAAGAGAGUCCCGGCGGCAGGCCCCAGGAUACCCGACCAUAAGGGUUAAAGCUAGCACUGUUAGCCGAGACCACCUGGAGACACUUCCACUGUUUUUAUACGGAUCUAAUCUACGUCGCUUUACGCCCUGGCCUGUUUAUAACUUCGUGUUUAAUUCCUUAACGUACUUUUGUGUUCGCCGGAUCAACCGUCUGGCUUCGUUCAAACUUUGUCAAAGUUCUUCAUUUUCCGUUUUUGCGUCGUUAACGCACCAGCAACAGACCUCGGAGAGUCUUUAAAAGCUGUGUUUAACUUCCUCUUUGUCCGCAUUUCUGUUCGUCGUGUCGUGUUGUGGUGUUUACGCGACUCUGACAGCCAACCGCUCCGUUUGUUAUUGUUUCUCCGCGGUCUGAGGACCGACCACAUCGCGUCCCGAUGGAGGAAAAUGACAACAUGGACUAUUUUUACCAGCAGGUUUUGCAGAAGGACGUGACCCGGCGGCUGCAGGUCGGGCCGGAGCUCAUCGACUACCUGAGCGACCCGCAGCGAUCCCUGGACGUGGAGCAGGACAAACCCCGGCUGGAUAAAACCAUCGACGAGCUAACGGGAUGGGUCAAUUCCAGCAAUUUCAAGGUUGCAUUGCUGGGGAUCGAUAUCGUCAGCGCAUUCGUGGAUCGGAUGAAAGAACGCUUCAGAGGUUAUAUCGGCACAGUUGUGCCUGCUUUAGUUGACCGUCUGGGAGAUGCGAAGGAUCAGGUUCGAGAUCAGGCACAAGGGCUCAUUUUGAAGCUGAUGGAGCAGACGGCAACACCCAUGUAUGUUUGGGAGAGGCUGUUCCCUGGCUUCAAACACAAAAACUUCCGCAGUAGAGAGGGACUCUGCUUUUGCUUGGUGUCCACACUAAACGCAUACGGUGCUCAGCCUUUGAGUUUGAGUAAAUUUGUUCCACAUCUCUGUUCGCUAACAGGAGACCAAAACCCCCAGGUACGGGAGGCAGCUAUAACAGCUCUAGUAGAGGUGUAUCGGCAUGUUGGAGAGCGAGUAAGAGCAGACCUCAUCAAAAGAGAUCUCCCAUCUGCACGCUUGCAGACCAUCCUCAGCCGUUUUGAUGAAGUGCUGAAUUCGGGCAACAUGGCUCUCAGCCUGAGUCAAGAUCGUAGUUUCGACGAUGAUGACUCUGUGGAUGGAAGCAGGCCGUCAUCGGCUCAGGCGGCGUUUAAAGUGCCCAAAGUACCCAAGAAACCUGCAGAAUCUGCCAGCAGUUCCAGACGACCCAGUGCCACUGGAGCUGCCAAAUCAGGAGCUUCUAAAGAGGGUGCAGGAGCCGUGGACGAGGAGGAUUUCAUCAAAGCAUUCACAGACGUGCCCACAGUUCAGAUCUACUCCACACGGGACCUGGAGGAUAACCUGAACAAGAUCCGUGAGGUUCUGUCUGACGAUAAACACGACUGGGACCACAGAGCAAAUGCACUGAAGAAAAUCCGAUCUCUGCUGGUUGCCGGAGCAACAGACUAUGAUUGUUUCUACCAGCACCUGCGCCUGUUGGAUGGCGCAUUCAAGCUGUCGGCAAAAGACCUGCGUUCCCAGGUGGUGCGGGAGGCUUGCAUCACAGUGGCAUAUCUUUCCACGUUAUUGGGGAAUAAGUUUGAUCACGGAGCCGAGGGCAUCGUUCCAGUGCUUUUCAACCUCAUCCCGAACUGUGCCAAAGUGAUGGCCACAUCUGGCACAGCAGCCAUUCGCAUCAUCAUCCGGCACACUCAUGUCCCGCGUCUAAUUCCUCUCAUCGCUAGUAACUGCACAUCGAAAUCUGUGGCCGUCCGGAGGCGCUGUUAUGAGUUCUUGGAUCUUCUGCUGCAGGAAUGGCAGACUCACUCUCUAGAGAGGCAUGCAGCCGUGCUGGUGGAGAGUAUUAAGAAGGGAAUCAGAGAUGCCGACGCAGAGGCUCGAGUGGAGGCCAGAAAGGCGUACUGGGGGUUGCGGGCUCGUUUCCCCGGAGAGGCGGAGUCUCUGUAUAACUCAUUAGAAUCGUCCUAUCAGAGGACACUUCAGUCGUGUUUAAAGAGCUCGGGCAGUGUGGCAUCACUCCCGCAGUCAGACCGCUCGUCCUCCAGCUCGCAAGAAAGCCUUAACCGGCCGCUGUCAAAGUGGUCAGCUGCUCCUGGCAGAGUGCCUGCGAGUUCAAAAUCUUCAGGAUCUCCAGGCUCGCUGCAGCGCUCCCGCAGUGAUGUGGAUGUUAACGCAGCCGCCGGGGCAAAAGCCAGACACAGCGGACAGGCUGGAGGAGCCGGCAGAGUCACCACAGGCAUGACCCCCGGAUCAUACGCUUCACUCGAUGAUGCCUCUGAUAAGGAUGGGCGGCUCCGGACUAAGCAGACUUUAUCCACAGCUUCCGGUGUGGGAAGCAGUCAGGUGGACUCGAGAGGCCGGACAAGAUCAAAGAUGGCGUCCCAGUCACAACGUUCCGACGAUUCUGAUUGCACGCCAGGAUCACAGUCUGCUACCCCUGUUGGUGCGGGUUCUCGGUCAGGAUCCCCAGGCCGAGUUUUGACCAGCACGGCUCUGAGCACGCUCAGUACAGGAGCUCAGCGUGUGAGUGCAGCUCCAGGCUCUCACCGCCGCAGCCGCAUCCCGCGCAGUCAAGGCUGCAGUCGAGACUCCAGCCCCACACGCCUGUCUGUUGCGCCUUCAAACAUCAGCCACAUCUACAACGGAUCAAAAGGAGCGAGGGGUAGUCGUAUACCACGGCCUAGUGUGAGUCAGGGCUGCAGUCGCGAGGCCAGCCGAGAGAGCAGCAGAGACACCAGCCCUGUGCGCUCCUUCACGCCGCUCGCAUCCCGACAUUAUUCGCGCUCAACUGGUGCUCUUCAUGCCCCAGAUGCCUUCGGGGCAGCAGGUUCUGGGUUGGGUAUGUCUCAGUCCAGUCGUCUGUCAUCUUCAGUUAGUGCCAUGAGAGUCUUGAACACCGGCUCAGACGUGGAGGAAGCCCUGGCAGAUGCUCUGCUGUUAGGAGAUAUGCGGAGCAAGAAGAAACCUGCUCGGCGGCGGUACGACACGUAUGGGAUGUAUUCGGAUGAUGAUGCUAAUAGCGACGCCUCUAGCGCGUGUUCUGAGCGCUCGUACAGCUCCAGAAAUGGCAGCAUCCCGACGUAUAUGCGGCAGACGGAAGACGUGGCUGAAGUGCUCAAUCGAUGUGCCUCCGCCAAUUGGUCUGAGAGGAAAGAGGGGCUGAUGGGAUUGCAGGCGUUGCUGAAAAACCAUCGAACUCUGAGUCGUGUUGAGCUGAAGAGGCUGUGCGAAAUCUUCACAAGGAUGUUUGCAGACCCACACAGCAAGCGUGAUCCCAGAGGCUUCGGCACGGUAGAAUCCGGUAUCAGUUCUGCCUCGUUUAAGGUGUUCAGCAUGUUUCUGGAGACGCUGGUGGACUUCAUUGCUGUUCAUAAAGAGGAUCUGCAGGACUGGCUCUUCGUGCUCCUCACGCAGCUGCUAAAGAAAAUGGGAGCGGACCUGCUCGGCUCAGUACAAGCCAAAGUACAGAAAGCCCUGGACGUCACAAGAGAAUCCUUCCCCAAUGAUCUGCAGUUCACUAUCCUCAUGAGAUUCACAGUUGACCAAACACAGACGCCAAACUUAAAGGUGAAGGUGGCCAUUUUGAAGUACAUUGAAACACUGACGCUACAAAUGGAGCCGCAGGAUUUCGUCAACACGGGCGAAACCAGACUGGCAGUGUCGCGUAUCAUUACGUGGACCACCGAACCCAAGAGCUCAGACGUCAGAAAGGCGGCGCAGUCGGUGUUGAUCUCGCUGUUCCAGCUGAACACGCCGGAGUUCACAAUGCUUCUCGGUGCACUUCCUAAAACCUUUCAGGACGGAGCCACUAAAUUAUUGCAGAACCACCUGCGAAACACAGGCAACACAGCGCAGGCGUCAAUUGGAAGUCCACUCACCCGGCACACACCAAGAUCACCAGCCAGUUGGUCCAGUCCUUUAACCUCCCCCACUAACACAUCCCAAAACACACCUUCACCAAGUGCAUUUGAUUACGAUACAGAGAACAUGAACUCUGAGGAGAUCUACAGCUCUCUGAGAGGAGUCAGUCAGGCGAUCCAGAACUUCAGCGUCCGAAGUCAGGAGGACAUGACGGAGCCUCCACGGAAAAGAGAAGGAGACGGCGGAGAAGAGGUACGAAAGACAAAUCAAACUGUUGACUCUGGCCGGACGGCGCUGGAUAAUAAGACCUCUCUGCUGAACACUAUGCCCCUCCUCUCGUCGAGUCCCCGCCCAUCAAAAGAUUACCAGCCAGUCAAUUACUCUGACUCCUCCUUCAGCUCCUCCCCUUUUAAUAAAAGCCUGAAAGAUCCAGACCAAGAGGAGUCCCUCACUGACGACAGCGGUGUGGAUCAGUCUGAGGUGGUGGCUGAGCUCUUGAAGGAGCUGUCCAAUCACAGCGAGCGCGUGGAGGAGAGGAAAGCAGCGCUGUGUGAACUAAUGCGGCUGAUCAGAGAAACACAGCUGCAUGUUUGGGACGAGCACUUCAAAACCAUCCUCCUGCUGCUACUGGAAACACUCGGAGAUGGAGAGCAUGUCAUUCGGGCAUUAGCCCUGCGGGUGCUAAAGGAAAUCCUCAACAGGCAGCCGUGGCGCUUUAAAAACUAUGCAGAGCUCACUAUUAUGAAGGCUCUGGAAGCACAUAAAGAUCCACAUAAAGAGGUGGUGCGGGCUGCAGAGGAGGCGGCGUCCAUGUUGGCCACCUCGAUAAGUCCUGACCAGUGUAUAAAAGUGUUGUGUCCUAUCAUCCAGUCAGCGGACUAUCCCAUCAACCUCGCUGCCAUCAAGAUGCUCACCAAAGUCAUCGACCGUCUUCCCAAAGAGGGUCUUAUUCAGAUGCUCCCAGAGAUCGUCCCCGGCCUCAUUCAGGGUUAUGAUAACUCUGAGAGCAGUGUACGAAAGGCCUGUGUAUUUUGCCUUGUGGCCAUCUAUGCCGUCAUUGGAGAGGAUCUGAAACCCCACCUCAGCCAGCUGUCCGGCAGCAAGCUGAAACUGUUGAAUCUGUACAUAAAGCGAGCUCAGAGCGGCUCCAGCUGCAGUGACCAGUCUUCAGAUGUGGGAGGGCAGGGCCUGUAACCGCUCCAUCCUCAACUACAGCACCCCGGCCAGCUUUUUAACUCACAUGCAAACACCAACAUACACACACACCUGCGCUUUCCCACAGAAACACACACCACCGCAUGCAGCCUCCUGCGACUCUGAGACUCUGCUUCACGGUGAGAACAUCACGAGAAGAGCGCAAAAUCCAGCGGAGAGAGUCCUGGUGUGAUUCUGUGCAACGCGGAGAUCAUUCUUUUUAUCGAACGAUGAUUUUUAAGAUGAAGUACGAAACUUCCUGGUGCGAGCGACGUGUCGUUAACGUUCCUAAUCGAUUAUUAACGGUCAUAUCAGUUCAUAACAGUGAGCGGUUGGUCCAGCUUGCUCUAUUAUAAGGCAUACUUCGCUUGGCUAUAUGCAUGUCACGAAAAUAAAACCCAACCUUUUUAUCUGGUCGCCUACCUGGAAGCGUUGGUCGCCCCCAAGAGGCCACAUGUGAGACCACACACCCCACAUAGGCAAUAUGUAUCUAUGUAUACCUUAACAACGAGGAAUAUUUAAGAAGGUCUUGUGACGUCCUGAAGGCGUGUGGAUUCUUUUAAGUAGCAUAGUGUCAUUCUUCUCUGAUGGGGAAUUUGUAGAAAUGUAUUUACGCAUCUAAAUGCCGCAAAUGUCGUGUCACUUCCUUCCUGUAGGUGUCGCUCUUUCUCCCCCCGUGAGGAAGCUCUGUUUCUUCCCGCUGCAUUUCUAGAACUGUGCUAACGAUGAAAUUAAAAUAAAGAAAAUGUACAGUAAUGAACCGA